AUGUUGACAUAUGCCGCCGUGCCGUAUCCGUCGCAUCGGACGCCAGUCACCGCCUCUUGCGGCUCCCGCGUGCACUCCGAACAGACUGACAUAGCGAGGCUUCCCCCCGGAUCUCCACUAUGGAAGGAAGGCGUCCCACACGUCAAGCCGACCAUGAAGGCACGCACCUCGCCAUGUGCAGCGGUGUCCGUGGCAGUGCCAGCUGGCAUAACCAAUCAGAGCUUGGUGCCUAGACGUACAGCCAAGACAAAGACACGCACGCGGAGCAGCAGCUUGUCCGAAAGCGCGGAGGCUACAUUGAGACGGAUCUUCCAGUCAGUGGAUGUCAAUGGCGACGGCCGAAUCAACAAGCGUGAGAUGAUCAAAUUCUGUCGCGCAAGUCCAGAGCUUGCUGCAUCUUUGGGCUUCCCCACUGGUGUCAAGCAGGAGGGCGGCACGAGGGAUUUGCUCGAAGCAAGGUUUCAGGCCAUGGACCGGGAUGACAAUCGAGAAGUGACCUGGGAGGAGUUUUUUGAUUUCUUCAGUGCGGAGAUGGAGCAAGCUGCACAGGAGGGCGUAAUUCCAGGUGUGGUCGCUGUGCAGCGAUCGGUAGAUGGGCUAUCUUGGCAGACAGAGAGGCCGAAUGCGAGCAACAGCCACGUCUGCAACAGCCGCGCUAGCAACUCGUCAGCUGGCCAAGGUAGCCCAAAGGCUCAAAGCUGGAUGCGGGACUUCCGUCAGCAGGAGAGGAAAGAGCCAGAGCUGAUGCAGGACUCCAAAAGCAUGUCCAACGGCUUGAACAGGGCAGAUCAGGCUGAGCAGGAUCGGAUUCAAGCGCAGGAGGAGGCUUUCGAGAAAGAGUUCGAGCAAAAGCACAAGGCAUGGGAAGAACUGCAGGAGAGGGCAAAAGAUGACGAGGCAGAGGCCAGGCAAGCGAUUAUGGAAGCGGCGGAGAAGCUGCUCCAGGACUUGUCGGACAACCCUUUCGAAUUGAUCCCACGACCUUCGGAAGUGUCGGUUGUGGAGCAGGUCGCAUCGUUGUUGCAAGCAGCUGCAGAUACGGAGCUGGCAGAUUAUUCAAGGGCCCUCCGCCUUCUGCACAAAGAGUCUGCGCGCAAUCUCGAGCGUUUCAAGUUCCACCUUCGAAUGCAGAUUGACGGAUUUGAUGCUGACGUCAGCACUCCAGACGUGCUGUCUGGUGAGUCGGUCAAGGCAGAGGCUUCGUCCGAGUGCGGAGGCUGCCAGCAGCUGGAGGCCUUCCAACACGACAUGCUGAUUCGGGCUCCAGCUUCUGCAUGCAGAGGCUCAACAUCGGGUCAUCCAGGAGAAUCUGCCGCUGGAAAAGGCGAUACAUUUUCAUCUUCCAGCUGUGGACCGCGGCCAAAUUUCAUGCCUGCGGAUGUGAAGGCCCCAGCAUGGGCUUCUUCAUAUAACUGUGUGGUUGGAAAGCAGCCGUCACCUGCAAGCUUUGUGCACCAGGAGGCUUUUGGGUGUCUGGGUGAUCCGCUUCCCUGUUCUGCGGUUGGCAAUGUGUCAAGCUGCUCACAAGGAGUGACACCUCCCACUCUACUUCGAGUUGGCUCCGACACGCUGCCUGGACGCAAGGCACACAAGACUGAUUGGACCAACCAGGACGCGAGCCUCGCCAUUCCGCUGGGAUGCACGAGGAUGCUUGUUGGUGUCUUCGAUGGUCACGGCGAGCAAGGACACGAGAUCUCAGCGUCCGUUUCUAUGCUGUUUUCUCGUUUCGCCGACGCCUUGGCCAAGAUGGCCGAGGACCAGCUCGUAAAUCCUGAAGCAUCUGUGCCCCGACAAAUGGCACAUCUUUUCGCCAUGGCGCAAGAUGGUUUGGAACGUGGAGGACUUGCCGAGUGGUCAGGGACGACGGCCACAUUGGCAUUGAUCGAUGCCGAGGCUGGAGUCGUUAUCUGCGCACACGUCGGGGACUCGCGGAUGGUCAUUUGCCAUCAGCAGAAGGUGCUCUUUGAGACUGUCGAUCAUGAUAUCGACGACGUUGCUGAGUGUCGCAUAGCGGCAGCUGGGGGCGAGGUGCGGCAGAUGCUCGUGUCUGGCAUAGAUGCCCGUCGUGUUUUUCUCAAAGGCACCGAUGUGCCUGGCUUGGCAAUGUCCCGGGCACUUGGCGACGCACAGGCGAGUCUCUCGCAGAUUUGA